UACGCGCAGCAAUGCACAAAAAAAAUACUUUUUUGACGUCCUCGAACGCCACACACACUCCCACAAUCCACCGCGGUCCUCCACAUUUGGAUCUUGUACUCAAAGUGUCAAAUCCAAGAUGGCACUUCAUCGAUUAUUCCAGCUGUCCUCCUUGUUGCGCUCCGCCGUGAGCCUGACUCUGCGCAGGAACAUCGGCCUCUCUGCUAUCCUCUUCAACCGGACUAAGGACCUCGACCCUGUUCAGAAACUGUUCCUGGACAAGAUCCGGGAUUACAGAACCAGGAGCAAGUCCUCGGGUGGCAUUGUGGAUGGAGGAGCCGAUUACCAGAAGAACAUGUCUGAUGAGGAAACCAAACUGCAGAGGCUCUUUGGCGGAGGAGACAUGAACAAGUUCCCUGACUUCAAAUUCAUAGACCCCAAGGCUGAUGAUGUGGCCAAGUGAACGCUGUCCAUGUUGUAUAUCUCCUACAUGUCACAAAUAUGUUGUAUUUAAUAAAAAGAUAGUGGAUUGAACAAAAA